GAUACGAAAAAAUAAUUGAAAAAAAUAUAUUGCAAAAAAAGUUGAAAAAUUAUAAUUGCAAAAAAUAAAGUUUUAAAGCUUGUGAAACACCCUGUAUAACAGCCUAAAUAAUUAUUAAUUAAUUUACUUGUAAACGUUGCAUUUGCAACUGUGUGCAACGAAAACAAAACAACAACAAAAAACUUCACUUUCAAAAACUCUUCAAUUUAUCAAAAAAAAGCCAACACAGACUAAUACACAAGCAACAGAAGUGCUAAAUAGAACUAAUGCAAAUCACGCGCUUUUCCAAUUUCCUUUUGUAAACGUUAAGCAGCGCGAGCACAUACAUAAAAACAACAACAACACACAGCGCAGCAACAACUGCAUAGACAAAGUGGAGUCGGGCGUCACAAAGAACGGCAAAUACAAAUACAACAACUAAAUUUAGUGCAGAAAAGUUUGCGCUCUGCUAGAAUUUCGAGACGAAGCGCUGCAGUCGUGCAAGAACGUCAGUCAGUCAACGACGGCGCUUGCCACAAGUGACUCGCAGCAGAAACCGCUAGGCUGCAAGAAGUAUUUGAAGAAAAUCAGUGAAGAAGCGAGAAGUUAAUAAUUGGAAAAGUAUUUGAAAACUGUUUACGAAUGGAUUUUUUAUAAAAUUUUUAAGCAUUUCGGCGAAUGUGAUUUAGUGCGUACUUGAACCCGCAAACUAGCCAAGACACACACCAGUUAAAGUAAAACGACCCCUAUAUAACCAAAAGCUAAGAAAGAAAAGACUGAUUUUGAAUUGAAACUUCCAAGAAGUACUCAAAUCAAAGAAAACGUGUGCGUGUAAGUUGAGUGUUGAGCACAGCGCCGAGCUGAAGCUUUAAAAUCGUCGAAUUGUGUGGUUUUCAAAACGACAACAAUUCACGCUGUGUGUAUUUCGAGCAGGUUCCUGUUAAACAGUAACAUUAAAAAGUGACGAACUUGAAAGGAAAUAAUAAAAACUAAAAGCUGAAUUUUUAAAAUCUAAAACUGACUAAAGCAAAAACUACAGGGAUAUAAACCAAACCGGUAAAACUAAAAUAUUGAAAUUGAACUCACUGACUUGCAAACACAUUUGAAGUUACCGCUGCGCUGCUGCUGUAGCGCCACUAUUGUAAACGCGUAGCGCCAACGAGUACCGAAAACAAAAAAUCCAACUAAAUCCCGAGAGCCGACUUUAGCGCGCCACCCACGAGACGCCACAAACCAUGGCCAACGGCAACGGCAACAAUGCCAGCGUCGCCGCUACUAAUGGCGAAGGCAACGGCUUGGCAACUAAUGGCGGCACAACCACAACUACGACCAAUGGCACUGGCACAACGGUGGCCGAGCACUUGAAUGGCGGUGGCGCUGAGAGCGCCGUAAAUACCAACACCGGCGGAGCAGCGGAUGCUUUGGCAGCCGUUGGCGCAGCAGCUGGUACAGGCGAUGCAACAGAUGAUGGUGUGGCUGGCGAUGGUGGCGGUGUUGGUGGUGGCGUUGUUGGUUUGGGCGGUGCCGCUUCCACCUCAUCUAUGGGCGGCGAUGAUGCUGGCACCGAUGCGGGCGCCAGCUCAUUGCCCCCGUCCGAAGAGGCGGGCGGUCGUCCACCACUCGAUACAGCUUGCUCUGAUGGCGGUGGCGGUCCAUCGAGUUUGGGCGGUGGCAUGGUUGGGCCACCAAGUCCACUAACCGGUUGUUAUUUGCUAAUCGUGCUGGGUGAGCCACAUUCGGAGGAGCAUAAGGAUAAUAUAUUGCAGCAUUUGUUGAAGGGUUUCCUUUCAUGGGACGUCGGUGAUUGUCACGUCGAUUUGGAGGAGGAAUUGAAUACGAUCACGCAACACGCACCAGAGGGAGAGGAAGCUCGUCACGGCGAACGACUCAUUCAGUAUGCUAGUGAGAAUCUAGUCACUGAAGUGCUUAUACACCCUCAGUACAAUACACUCAUACAAUGUAUGCGUAAUCUACUGAGCAGUUUUACACGACAUCGUCACAUUAUACACGCUGGCUACACGUUCUCCGGCAAUGGUUCCUGGAUCUUACAGGAUGGAACCUUCUCCGUCUCCGACUUCUCGGAGGCGUUUCAGGAACACGAUGUACAGCGUGUCAUACGUGCCUACGCCGACACGAUUACAAUGAAUAUACAUUGCGCCGAUGCCGGCCACUGGCACAGCUUGCCACACAAAAGCUUUGCACGCCUCUGCAAAAUACGCAUCAAUCCCGUUGAUGUAUUGGACACCAGCAGUGAGGGUAUCAAUGCCUUUAUUGACUAUCUAGCACCAAUGCUUGUACCCACAUCACUGCGGGAGCUGCUUGAGACCUCGGAUGUUGUGGGUAAUAUACGCUUUACGCAUCCAACACUAUAUGUCUUCCCCGGUGGACAAGGAGAUGCUGCACUCUUCGGCAUCAAUGGUUUUAAUAUGUUGGUUGAUGGUGGCUUUAAUCGCAAAGCUUGCUUCUGGGACUUCGUACGACACCUAGACCGCUUGGAUGCCGUCCUCAUGACACGCCUUAACAAUAGCAACAUACAGGGUAUCACUUCGGUGGUAUCUCGAAAGCGUGAUGCCCACGUUUAUCCACAAAUUGGACACUUCUUUGGUAAUGUGCCCGAUCGUAAAGGUGGUCUGCCAAGUCCCGAUGGCGACAAAGACCGCGACCCAUUGUUGGUUGAUCUCUUUGAGCAUGGCCACAAUUUGGUAAGCGAUCUUAAGUCGCUGGACUUGAAACCACAAAACUGCUAUCGCAACCAAGAGCCAAUAAAUCUGUAUCACAAAGUUGGACAUGGCACACUGGAUAUGUAUGUGAUUAGUCCUGCGCGUGACUCGAAAGAAGUAAAAGAAUUCUUAUCGAAGUGGCACUCCGGCGAUCAGCGUCUCUUUGCCGCACGCGAUACACGCGAAUUCAAUUUCCCACUACAAAACUUGGUUUCGAUCUGCGCACUGCUGGUGUGGCAACCAGCCAAUCCAGAUGAUACCAUCACCCGUAUACUCUUCCCCGGUAGCACACCUGAUUUUAAGAUACAAGAAGGCUUGGAAAAACUCAAGCAUCUAGAGUUCAUGAAGCACUCAACCUGCACUGCCAAAUCGAUUGCACCAGCUAUACAAACUGUGGUAACUACACGUAAAACAUUCAAGUCCGCCAUCGGUGCGCCUAUUGAGCCACUCAGCGUAACAUCGAAACCUAAAUUCGCACCAGUUGCUGCCGCGGCUGUUGCUAUACAGCAAGACAACAAAACUAAAGAGGCCGCAGCUGCCGCCGCCGCUGCACAGGUCAUUGAAGAGACUAAAGUGGAGAAAGUAGAGGCUGAGAAAAUUGUUUUGCCAAAGAAGGAAGACUCGGUGGACACUGAUGAACCUGCUGCUGAAACUGGCGAUGAGGCUGUGCCUGAACCAGAACCAGCUAUUGAGGUAGAGAGCAAGGAAGAAGACAAACCCGAUGGUGAAACUGCAGAUGAGGACAAUAAAGAAAAAGAAACCGAAACUGAGAAGAAGGUUGAGGUAGUAAUUGUUAAGCCACAGCCACAAGCUGCACCACAAAAGGAAGAAACACCUACACCCGAGGUGAUUAAACCAAGCAGAGUUGCUAAAGGAAAGGGGGACAAACCACGUGCCGAAGUCAAGCCUGUAGUGCGUUCACGCAUUGACACCAAACCACCCAAAUCAAUGGAGCGUAAGGGUAUAAGGAAGGACUUGGCUGCUGAGAAGAAGGCCUCACCCACUGCUACGCCACGCAAAGAGCCUGCAGCACCAAAACCGGGCGCAGCACGUGAUUUAAAACCUCGCGUUAUUACACGUGCCACCAAAUCCAGUCCCAGCAGCACGCCAGCUAAGAGCGCAAAAGACGCUAACAAUCGCAAGGUGCUCGAAUCGAAGCAGCAAGCGACACGGCAAGUUACCAGCACUUCCACUACUACGACCACACGUCGUGAAAUGACGCGUACCACUGCAGCGGAACGCAAAGAAUCACGUACACAACAACAGCAAGCUCAACAGCGCAAACCAAUUUCACGGCGUCCGCGUGGCGCUUCGCCAACAAAACGGGCACCCGGCAGUCCAGUCAAGUCGGCUAAGCCUAAAGCGGAUUUGAAGAAAUCACGUCUGGAUAAGGGUGGCACCACAGACUCCAGUCUGGUGUCAACGCCAUCGGCAGAUGAGGCAGUUGCUGCUAAAAAAUUACAAGAUCUGACCGCGUCACAAGAGUUGGAUGCCGAGAAGCAACGUGAACUCGACGAUCUCAAAGAAGAACAAGAAGUGGUACGUGAAAUAGAAGCAGUCUUUAGUCGUGAUGAAAUGAAACGGCAAAAGCAAUUGGCAGCUGAAAUACGUGAAAUGUCUAAACAGGAUAGCACUACCGAGGCCGAAGAAGAGGAAGAGUAUUUGAUAAUUGAAAAGGAAGAGAUCGAUCAAUAUACCGAGGAUUCAAUUGUGGAGCAAGAGAGCAGCAUGACGAAAGAAGAAGAAAUUCAAAAACAUCAACGCGAUUCGCAAGAGUCGGAGAAGAAACGAAAAAAGAGCGCAGAAGAGGAAAUCGAAGCCGCUAUUGCCAAAGCAGAAGCCGAAGAACGCAAGGCACGACUCGAGGACGAAGCUGCUGAUGAAGCACCUGAAGCGGUAGAAGCUGCAGUAGAGGCUGACGAGGAACAAGUUGAAGAACCCGCACAUAAAAUAACUACUCCAGAGAAGUCAGAAAUUAAAGCCGAGGUACAAGAAAUAAUUACCACAGCUAAGGAUAUAGUCACAACACGCACUGAAGAGCAAAUAACCAAAGCCGAAGAAGAACUCUCUUCACCCACGCCUGAGGACAAAAUAAGCAGCGCCAAGAAAACUUCCGACACCAAAGAUGAGCUUAUCGAACAACCUGAAAUUAUGCCUGCCAAUUUACAAGAAAGUCUCCCAGAAGAGAAAUUCUCAGCUACCAUCGAGUCCGGCGCUACUACAGCGCCAACGCUGCCCGAGGACGAACGCAUACCUCUCGAUGAAAUCAAGGAAGACUUGAUAAUCGAGGAGAAAUAUGUUAAGGAAGAAACCAAAGAAACUGACCAGGCGGCUGGAUAUGAAGUAGCAGACGUUAAACCAACAGAACCUGCUGUAACUGCAGCCGGCGUUGUAAUUGAGAAAAUAGCCGAGCCCGUAAUUGUCGGCUUAGCUACCGCAGAACGUGUACUGCCAAUGAAGAUGACUUUCGAGGCACAACAAAAUCUGCUGCGCGAUGUUGUUAAAACUCCAGAUGAAGUAGCAGAUUUGCCUGUACAUGAAGAAGCCGACUUGGGUGUCUACGAAAAGGAUACACAAGAAAGCGGUAAAGUCAUUUCGCAUAAAGAAGAAAUUACAAAGGAGGAAAAGGAAACUGAAGAAAAAGAUAUUUGCGAAGGUAAAGAAGUGGAAGUUGCAGAGGAAGUAGGGACAGUAGAUCAGGUAGAUGAUGAGAAGGUGAAAGAGGAGAUUGCAGAAAAACCAGUGCAGGCAACCGAGGAAAAGGCUGUGUCUCCAACUGAAAAGAAACCGCCCUCACCUAUAGAAAAACCAAUUUCUCCUCUCGAGAAGGAACCAACUCCCGUCGAGAAAACCGCUUCCCCUGAUGAAAAACCAAGUUCUCCUCUGGAUAAACUGCCAUCUCCUACCGAAAAAGAAGAAAUACCAGCCAAACAAGUAUCCUCACCCACUGAGAAGCCAGAAUCCCCUGACAAGCAGCAACCUUCACCUGCUGAAAGGCAAACAUCUCCCGCUGAAAAAGAAACGACACCAGUAAAGGAAGAAGAGACGUCAACCGAAAAGUUUACUACUCCAUCCGAGAAACCUGUUUCUCCAACAGAAAAAGAGACUCCGAAAGAUGACAAAGGACUUUCCGCUAAAACAGAUAUUUUGACUAAGGAGGCCCCGGCAUUUGAGGAAGUUCUUUCACCUGCAGAAAUAUCAGUUUCUCCAACCGAAAAAGAUACUCAACAAUUAGAUAAAACGACAACACCCGCUGAGAAGCCUACAUCACCUCUUGAGAAGAAAGUGCUUAAAACAGAAGAUAUUAUAACUGAGAAAACACCUUCACCAAUCGAAAAAUCCGUCUCUCCAACUGAAAAGAAAGCAACCGAAGUAGAGAAAGAAUCAUCACCUCUUGCAGCUUCUCCAAUUGAAAAGGAGGCUCCAAAAGUUGAGAAAGUACCUUCACCCACUGAGAAACCUCCUGUUGAGAAGGAAACAGUAAAAGCAGAGGAUAUUGCAACCGAAAAAGCUGCCUCUACAACAGAAAAAGAAUAUUCUCCAACAGAAAAGGAGGCUGAUAAAGUACCUUCACCAGCAGAAAAAGAGGUUUCUCCAACUGAAAAGGAGGCUGAGAAAGUACUUUCACCAGCAGAAAAAGACGUUUCUCCAACUGAAAAGGAGGCUGAGAAAGUACCUUCACCAGCAGAAAAAGACGUUUCUCCAACUGAAAAGGAGGCUGAGAAAGUAGCUUCACCAGAAGAAAAAGACGUUUCACCAGCUGAAAAGGAGACUUUGCACGUAGAGACUGUAACUUUACCUCUUGCAAGUUCUCCAACAGAAAAAGAAGCUCCCCAGAUUUCGAAAUUACCACCUCCUGCUGAGACGCCUGUAUCUCCUGUUGAGAAAGAAGCAUUAAAACCAGAAGAUAUUUUAACUGAAAAGGUACCGGCACCAACAGAAAAAUUGGAAAAAGAAUUUCUAAAAGCUGAAGACAUUUUAACCGAGAAAGAUGCUUCAACAGCAGAAAAAUCCAUCUCUCCAAUCGAAAAAGAAGCUAUAGAAGUAGACAAAGCUCCUUCUACAGCUGAUAAACCUACUGUAAAGGAAGUGUCACCUGUUUCAGGAGUUCAGAAAGAAGCUGAAAAGGUUCCAUCGCCUGAGGAUAAACCAACUUCUCUAGUAAAACCAGAAGAAGCUGUAACCGAUAAGAUGAUUGAGAAACGAAAAUCACCUAUAGAAUUAGAAGUACAAAGGAAAGAUAUUUUAGCCGCUGAUGCAGAAAAACCAGUAACUUCAUUAGAGCAAGAACUAGCAGAAUCUCAUAAAGCAAGCUUACCUUUAGAUAUAUCCGCUGAGGAACCAACUUCUGAUGAAAAACCCACGCCUUCUGAAGAUAAAUUAUCAUCACCUGUUGACAAAGCACCUACCGAAGAGUCAAAGAAGUCCACAAGCACCCCUGAAGAAAAGGAUGGUAGUGAAAUUACAUCGGAGGACGAGCUUCCUGCGCUAGUACUUGCAGAUAUUGAUACGUCUAAGCCAAAAGAUAAGGACGACACAGUUUCAGUAGGAAGUCCAGCAACCAUCGAAGAAGCUAUCGAAGUUGAAAUGCUGAAGUCCUUACAAGCCAGUAGAAAAACUUCUCAGGAAAUAAAAGAAAGUGAUUUCAAGGUGGAAUCUCGUAAAACAUCGGUAGUGUUAGACGAAAAAGAAGAAGAAAAGGAAGAAAAAGUCGAACUUUCUCCAAAAGAAAAAUCUCCUGUCGAAAGUAUCAAAGACGAGAAAUCAGCACCCGUCUCCAAAGAAGCCUCACUGCCAGGGUCAACUGUCGAAAGUAUUAAAGAUGAAAAGUCCCCCUGUGCAUCCAAAGAAAUCUCUCGACCAGCUUCUGCUGCAGAAAGUAUUCACAGUGAUGCUGAAAAAUUCGAAACAGAAACUGUUUCCUCUCCGGUUGAUAAGGCACCAACAAAAAUUGAUACUACUGAUCUUACUUUAAUGUUGGACGUAUCAAAAGGAGAUACCAAACUGCCAACAUCAUCAAGUCCUGUCGAUGUCGCGGAAGGCCAGUUCUCGGAAGUUAAAGACACAUUAGUCGAAACUCAAAAAGCAUUUGCUGAGAGCACUACUGUUAGUGGUACGAAGACCGUUUCCAGCCCUCUAGAUGAAGCAAAAGAUCUAGUCACAGAAGCUGCUAUUACUGCACGUCCGGAAAGUCCAGAAGCUGAAAAAUCACCUGUUAUAUCGAAAGAAACAUCCCGAAAGCCAUCACAAAGUGAACCUGCAGCCGGUAGUACUAAAGACGAAGCAUCUCCCGUUGCUUCAAAGGAAAUAUCUCGACGAGAGUCCGUCGCAGAAAGCAUAAAGGAUGAAAAAUCUUUAAUCACUUUCAAAGCAGAUACCGAUACGGAAGACCUCAAAGACCAAAAGUCACCUGAAAUACCAACAAAACCUGCCCAAACCGCUUCCACAGCCCAAAGUGUCAAAGAAGACAAAUCGCUUCUUGAUUCAAAAGAAGUGUUAGAGCCAGAAUCAACUAUAGAAAGCCUUAAAGAAGAAAAAUCACCAAUCAUAUCUGAAGAAGUAUCUCGUACUGAGUCUGUUGCAGAGAUCACCCAAGAAGAAAAGGAUCAAGUUAUUGAAACAAAAACCGCUUCAUCACCAGUGGAUAAGGCUUCCACUAAGUUAGAUCCAACAGAACUGGCACUUGACUUAGAUAAAACAAAAGUUGACACUAAGCUUCCAACAUCUUCAAGUCCUGUAGAUGUUGCUCAUGGUGACUUCGCUGAAGUAAAGGAAACAUCUGUUGCAUAUAAAAAAAUACCAGCAGAAGAAACCACUGUAGCAGGUGCGGAAACAGUAUCCACUCCAGUUGAUGAAGCAAAAGAGAUAAUUGGUAUCACUGCAGAGGAGAUAACACGCCCUGAAAGUCCUGAAGGUGCUUCUCCUAAAAUCUCUAAAGAAAGCUCUCGACGACCAUCUGUGGGAGACAAAGUAGAUAAGUCACUACUCACAUCAAAGCCAGGGUCGACGGAAGAGAGUUUGAAAGAUGACAAAUCCGCUGUUCCUUCUGCGGAGCCCUCACGACGAGAGUCCGUGGCAGAAAGUGUCAAAGACGAAACAAAGGUAGUUACAUCAAAGCCCGUUUCCGUACCGGAGAGCGUCAAAGAUGAAAAGUCCGCUGUUCCUUCUGCAGAGCCCUCACGUCGAGAGUCCAUGGUAGAAAGUAUUAAAGAUGAAAAGUCACCCGUCGUGUCCAAGCCCGUAUCGGUAGCAGAGAGUGUCAAAGAUGAAACAUCUGCAGCUUCUUCUGCAGAGCCUUCACGUCCUGAAUCUGUGGCUGAGAGUAUUACAGAUGAAAAGUCACCAGUCGCAUCCAAACCCGUAUCGGUAGUAGAGAGCGUAAAAGAUGAAAAGUCUGCUGCUCCUUCUGCAGAGCCCUCACUUCCUGAAUCUGUGGCCGAAAGUAUUAAAGAUGAAAAGUCACCAGCCGCAUCCAAACCCGCUUCGGUAGCAAAGAGCGUAAAAGAUGAAAAGUCCGCUGCUCCUUCUGCAGAGCCCUCACGGCCUGAAUCCAUGGCAGAAUGUAUUAAAGAUGAAAAGUCACCAGCCGCAUCCAAACCCGCUUCGGUAGCAGAGAGCGUAAAAGAUGGAAAGUCCGCUGCUCCUUCUGCAGAGCCCUCACUUCCUGAAUCUGUGGCCGAAAGUAUUAAAGAUGAAAAGUCACCAGUCGCAUCCAAACCCGUUUCGGUAGCAGACAGUGUCACAGAUGAAAAGUCUGCUGCUCCUUCUGCAGAGCCCUCACGACGAGAAUCCAUGGCUGAAAGUAUUAAAGAUGAAAAGUCACCAGUCGCAUCCAAACCCGCUUCGGUAGCAGAGAGCGUAAAAGAUGAAAAGUCUGCUGCUCCUUCUGCAGAGCCCUCACUUCCUGAAUCUGUGGCCGAAAGUAUUAAAGAUGAAAAGUCACCAGCCUCAUCCAAACCCGCUUCGGUAGCAGAGAGCGUAAAAGAUGAAAAGUCCGCUGCUCCUUCUGCAGAGCCCUCACGACGAGAAUCCAUGGCAGAAAGUAUUAAAGAUGAAAAGUCACCAGCCGCAUCCAAACCCGCUUCGGUAGCAGAGAGUGUCAAAGAUGAAAAAUCUGCUGCUUCUUCUGCAGAGCCCUCACUUCCUGAAUCUGUGGCCGAAAGUAUUAAAGAUGAAAAGUCACCAGUCGCAUCCAAACCCGUAUCGGUGGCAGAGAGUGUCAAAGAUGAAAAAUCUGCAGCUCCUUCCGCAGAACCCUCACGUCCUGAAUCUGUGGCCGAAAGUAUUAGAGAUGAAAAGUCACCAGCCGCAUCCAAGCCCGCUUCGGUAGUAGAGAGCGUAAAAGAUGAAAAGUCUGCUGCUCCUUCUGCAGAGCCCUCGCGACGAGAAUCCAUGGCAGAAAGUAUCAAAGAUGAAAAGUCACCAGUCGCAUCCAAGCCCGCUUCGGUAGCAGAGAGCGUAAAAGAUGAAAAGUCCGCUGCUCCUUCUGCAGAGCCCUCACUUCCUGAAUCUGUGGCCGAAAGUAUUAAAGAUGAAAAGUCACCAGCCGCAUCCAAACCCGCUUCGGUAGCAGAGAGCGUAAAAGAUGAAAAGUCUGCUGCUCCUUCUGCAGAGCCCUCACGACGAGAAUCCAUGGCAGAAAGUAUUAAAGAUGAAAAGUCACCAGCCGCAUCCAAGCCCGCUUCGGUAGCAGAGAGCGUAAAAGAUGAAAAGUCCGCUGCUCCUUCUGCAGAGCCCUCACUUCCUGAAGCUGUGGCCGAAAGUAUUAAAGAUGAAAAGUCACCAGCCGCAUCCAAACCCGCUUCGGUAGCAGAGAGUGUCACAGAUGAAAAAUCUCCUGCUCCUUCUGCAGAGCCCUCACGUCGAGAGUCCAUAGCAGAAAGUAUUAAAGAUGAAAAGUCACCAGCCGCCUCCAAACCCGCUUCGGUAGCAGAGAGUAUCAAAGAUGAAAAAUCUGCUGCUCCUUCCGCAGAACACUCACGUCCAGAGUCUGCGGCUGAGAGUAUUAAAGAUGAAAAAUCACCAGUGGCAUCAAAGGCCGCUUCCGUAGCAGAGAGCGUAAAAGAUGAAAAGUCUGCUGCUCCUUCUGCAGAGCCCUCACUUCCUGAAUCUGUGGCCGAAAGUAUUAAAGAUGAAAAGUCACCAGACGCAUCCAAACCCGCUUCGUUAGCAGAGAGUGUCAAAGAUGAAAAAUCCGCUGCUCCUUCUGUAGAGCCCACACCUCCUGAAUCCGCCGCUGAGAGUAUAAAAGAUGAAAAGUCACCACUCGCAUCCAAGGCCGUAUCGGUAGCAGAGAGUGUCAAAGAUGAAAAAUCUGCUGCACCAUCAGCAGAGCUCUCACGUCCGGAUUCUAUAGCUGCAAGUAUCAAAGAUGAUAAGUCACCACUUGCUUCAAAGCCUGAGUCAGCUGCCGAGAGUAUAAAAGAUGAAAAAUCUCAUACAGUUUCUAAAGAAAUUUCUAGAUCUGAUUCACCAACAGCUCUGGGAACCAAGGAGGAAAUUGAUACUGUUUCUUCACCCGUGGAGCGAGCACCAAUAAAAAUUGAAGAUUUGCAAUUGGCAUUAGACUUGGAAAGUGCUAAGUUAGAUGCCAAACUACCAACGAAAUCCAGCCCUGUAGAUGUUGCGGACGGGCAUUUCCCCGAUGCCGCAAUUGAACCCAGCAAAAAAAGUGAUCUAACAAGUGCACCAGCAGAAAGUGCUGUUUCAAGUGUUGCAGAUACAGUUUCAAGUCCCAUAGACGAAGCUAAGGAUAUAGUUGAUGUCAGCGAUGUUAGACAAGCAGAUACAACAGUGUUUGCUGAAACUCUCGAUGCCCUCGCUAAAGAGUUGGAAGAGGCAGCUGAAAAAGUUGGCGACGACGCUAAAAUUGAAAAAGAUGAAAAAUCCGCUGCUCCUUCUGUAGAGCCCACACCUCUUGAAUCCGCAGCAGAGAGCAUUCAAGAUGAAAAAUCACCAGUCGCAUCCAAACCCGUAUCGGUGGCAGAGAGUGUCAAAGAUGUAAAAUCUGCUGCAGCAUCUGCAGAACCCUCACGUCCAGAGUCUGUGGCUUCAAGUAUCAAAGAUGACAAGUCACCACUUGCUGAUAUCAGCGAUGUUAGACAAGCAGUUACUACAGUCUUUGCUGAAACUCUUGAUGCGGAAACCAUUAAGAUGAUUGAUAAAAUAACAGAAGAAGUUGAAAGCAAGUUAAAGGUGGCAGUCGAAGAAACAAUUGAGAUCACAGAAGAAGUUACUAAAGUCGCAGAUGAAUCUACUAAGAUAAGUGAAGUGCUAAAAGAGGCAAUGGCUGAUGAAGUUAAGACGGUAGCCGAGGAAUCUGUUAAAAGAACUGAAGCUAUAAGCGAGGUUGUUGAAGAUGGAGCUGUGACCACAAUCGAAGAGAUCAACAAAACCACAAAAAUCGCUAAAGAGACAAUUAAAGAUGAAGCCAAAAAAGUGGAAGAAAAAACCAAGGAUAUAGUUGAGGAAAUCUCCAAGACAGUCAGCGACAUAAAAGAAGAUGUAACAACAUCAAUCUCCGGGACCGUAGAUACGGCCGCCAAAAGAACUGAAGAAAGCUCAAAAGCAAUAACUGAAGAAAUUGAUGACAAACUGGAACUUUUAGCAGAAAAGGUGGAAAUAACGGCGCAAGGAGCAGUUGAAAAAUUAGAUGAAACAACAAAGACUAUUGGCGAAGCAUUCCAUAAAACUGGAGAAAAACUUGAAGAUUUGACCAAACUUACAGAAGAAAAAAGUAAAACUGUAGUGGAAGAUGUAACACAUACGUUUAUUGAAGUGUCUCAAGCUGUCGAAGACAAGACAAAAACUAUAACUGAAGAAGUCUCCAAAAAAGCUGAAGAAGUGGAAACGGCGGCUGAGGAGAAAACGAAAACUCUUGCUACAGAGGCCGGCGAGAUAGCUGAAGAAAUCUCCAAAAAGUUUACUGACGCUCAAGACCUCGCUACAGAAGAAGUUACCACAGCUGUUAGUACCACGGUUGAGACAAUUACAACUGAUGUUUCCACAGGCAUUACUGGAUUCCUCAAAGAUGUCAAGAGCAGCAUAUUCAGCACUGCAGAGAAAAAACAUGAGCAGUUGAAGGAAAUCACAGAAGAAAUAAUCAAACCUGAACAAAUCCAACUCGACUCUUUGCCAGCUGCUACAAAACUACCCCUUGAGCUGAGCACAUACUCAACUGAAUUAAGAGAAACCCAUAUUACUACUGUGGAAUCGCCCGAAUUUAAAGUGACAAUGACCGAACGCGAUGAAACCAUACUUCACGACAUUAAGGAAGAGGACGAAGAGCACAGAAUAUCCCCACCCACAACAAAACCGGCAAUAUGCAGUGAACAGCCCUUACGUCCAGUUUCACCACGUGAAGAAGAGGUUGCUAAAAUAGUAGCCGACGUUGCUAAGGUUUUGAAAUCUGAAAAAGAUAUAACUGAAAUAAUUCCAGAUUUCGAUGAAGAAAAGUUGAUACAGCGUUUGAAAACACCAGAAGAAACCGAGCCAGAAACCAUUACGGUUCAAAGGAUGUUAGUAACCGCCAGCAGUGAAGAUGGUGGAGAAGAAAUAGAUAUAUGUCCAAAAGGUAGUAUUGUUUUUACGCCGACAAUGGCUCCCGAAACUAUACCAGAAAGAGUUUCUACAAUUAAACCACUAGACAUAGAUUACCAACACUACACUGAGGACUCUGGCGCAGAGGAAUCGGAAAAGUCUUCUCCUGAGCUACGUUCGGGUCCGAUAUCUAUUGAAGAAAAAGACAAAAUUGAAGAGUCCGAAAAAGAGCUUCGUAAAGAAGCCGCAACUAAAGUUGAAAAAGUCGAACAGAAUAAAGAUACUACCGAAUCUCAGCGAGAGUCAAUUAUGUCGACUACAGAAAGCAAGAAAGAUGAUAAGUUACCAAUAGCUUCCAAGCAACCAUCACGACCAGAAUCUAUCGUCAGUACUAAGGACGAGUAUAUUGAAGACACUGUUGAAUCUCGUCGUGAGUCAGUUUUGUCGACUGCAGAAAGCAAGAAAGAUGAUAAGUCGCCUGUGACUUCCAAAGAACCAUCACGACCAGAAGCAGUCUCUAGCACUAAAGACGAAAAGAUUAAAGAAACUGUUGAAUCUCGUCGUGAGUCAGUUUUGUCGACUGCAGAAAGCAAGAAAGAUGAUAAGUCACCUGUGGCUUCCAAGGAACCAUCACGACCAGAAUCAGUUUCUAGCACUAAAGACGAAAAGAUUGAAGAAACUGUUGAAUCCCGCCGGGAGUCAAUUUUGUCGACUACAGAAAGCAAGAAGGAAGAAACGGUCGAAUCUCGUCGUGAGUCAGUUUUGUCGACUGCAGAAAGCAAGAAAGAUGAUAAGUCACCUGUGGCUUCCACGGAACCCUCACGACCAGAACCUGUCGUCAGUACUAAGGAGGAGCAAAUUGAAGAAACUGUUGAAUCUCGUCGUGAAUCAGUUUUGUCAACUGUCGAAAGUAAAAAAGAUGAUAAGUCACCUGUGGCUUCCAAAGAACCAUCACGACCAGAAUCCGUCGUCAGUACUAAGGACGAGAAGAUUGAAGAAACUGUUGAAUCUCGUCGUGAGUCAGUUUUGUCGACGGCAGAAAGCAAAGAAGAUGAUAAGUCACCUGUGGCUUCCAAGGAACCCUCACGACCAGAAUCUGUCGUCAGUACUAAGGAGGAACAAAUUGAAGCAACUGUUGAAUCUCGUCGUGAAUCAGUUUUGUCGACUGCAGAAAGCAAGAAAGAUGAUAAGUCACCUGUGGCUUCCAAGGAACCCUCACGACCGGAAUCAGUUUCUAGCACUAAAGACGAAAAGAUUCAAGAAACAGUUGAAUCUCGUCGUGAGUCAGUUUUGUCGACUGCCGAAAGUAAGAAAGAUGAUAAGUCACCUGUGGCUUCCAAGGAACCCUCACGACCAGAAUCUGUCGUCAGUACUAAGGAAAAGCAAAUUGAAGAAACUGUUGAAUCUCGUCGUGAAUCAGUUUUGUCAACUGUCGAAAGUAAAAAAGAUGAUAAGUCAACUGUGGCUUCCAAAGAACCAUCACGACCAGAAUCCGUCGUCAGUACUAAGGACGAGAAGAUUGAAGAAACUGUUGAAUCUCGUCGUGAGUCAGUUUUGUCGACUGCAGAAAGCAAGAAAGAUGAUAAGUCACCUGUGGCUUCCAAGGAACCCUCACGACCAGAAUCUGUCGUCAGUACUAAGGAGGAACAAAUUGAAGCAACUGUUGAAUCUCGUCGUGAAUCAGUUUUGUCGACUGCAGAAAGCAAGAAAGAUGAUAAGUCGCCUGUGGCUUCCAAGGAACCAUCACGACCAGAAUCAGUCUCUAGCACUAAAGACGAAAAGAUUGAAGAAACUGUUGAAUCUCGUCGUGAGUCAGUUUUGUCGACUGCAGAAAGCAAGAAAGAUGAUAAGUCACCUGUGGCUUCCAAGGAACCAUCACGACGAGAAUCAGUCUCUAGCACUAAAGACGAAAAGAUUGAAGAAACUGUUGAAUCCCGCCGGGAGUCAAUUUUGUCGACUACAGAAAGCAAGAAGGAAGAAACUGUUGAAUCUCGUCGUGAGUCACUUUUGUCUACAACCGAAAGUAAAAAAGAUGAUAAGUCACCUGUGGCAUCCAAGGAACCCUCACGACCAGAAUCUGUCGUCAGUACUAAGGAGGAGCAAAUUGAAGAAACUGUUGAAUCUCGUCGUGAAUCAGUUUUGUCAACUGCCGAAAGUAAAAAAGAUGAUAAGUCACCUGUUGCUUCCAAGGAACCAUCACGACCAGAAUCAGUUUGUAGCACUAAAGACGAGAGGAUUGAAGAAGCUGUUGAAUCCUGUCUCGACUGCCGAAAGCAUGAUAAGUCUCCAGUAGCUUCCAAAGAACCAUCACGACCAGAGUCUGUUUCUAGCACUAAAGACGAGAAGGUUGAAGAAACUGUUGAAUCUCGUCGUGAUUCAGUUUUGUCGACUGCAGAAAGCAAAAAAGAUGAUAAGUCACCUAUAGCUUCGAAGGAACCAUCACGACCAGAAUCAGUUUCUAGCACUAAAGACGGAAAGAUUGAAGAAACUGUUGAAUCUCGUCGUGAGUCAGUUUUGUCGACUGCCGAAAGUAAGAAGGAAGAAACUGUUGAAUCUCGUCGUGAGUCACUUUUGUCAACUACAGAAAUUAAGAAAGAUGAUAAGUCUCCAGUAGCUUCCAAGGAACCAUCACGACCAGAGCCUGUUUCUAGCGCUAAAGACGAGAAAAUUGAAGAAACUGCUGAAUCUCGUCGUGAGUCAGUUUUGUCGACUGCAGAAAGCAAAAAAGAUGAUAAGUCACCUGUAGCUUCCAAGGAACCAUCACGACCAGAAUCAGUUUCUAGCACUAAAGACGGAAAGAUUGAAGAAACUGUUGAAUCUCGUCGUGAGUCAGUUUUAUCAACUGCAGAAAGUAAGAAGGAAGAAACUGUUGAAUCUCGUCGUGAGUCACUUUUGUCAACUACAGAAAUUAAGAAAGAUGAUAAGUCUCCAGUAGCUUCCAAGGAACCAUCACGACCAGAGUCUGUUUCUAGCACUAAAGGCGAGAAGAUUGAAGAAACUGUUGAAUCUCGUCGUGAUUCAGUUUUGUCAACUGCCGAAAGUAAAAAAGAUGAUAAGUCGCCUGUGGCAUCCAAAGAACCAUCACGACCAGAAUCUGUCGUCAGUACUAAGGACGAGAAAAAGGAAGAAACGGUCGAAUCUCGUCGUGAGUCAAAAGAUGAUAAGUCUCCAGUAGCUUCCACAGAACCAUCACGACCAGAAUCUGUCGUCAGCACUAAGGACGAGAAGAUUGAAGAAACUGUUGAAUCUCGUCGUGAGUCAGUUUUGUCAACUGCCGAAAGUAAAAAAGAUGAUAAGUCGCCUGUGGCAUCCAAAGAACCAUCACGACCAGAAUCUGUCGUCAGUACUAAAGACGAGAAAAAGCAAGAAACGGUCGAAUCUCGUCGUGAGUCAGUUUUUUCCAAGGAACCAUCACGACCAGAAUCAGUUUCUAGCACUAAAGACGAAAAGAUUGAAGAAACUGUUGAAUCUCGUCGUGAGUCACUUUUGUCAACUACAGAAAUCAAGAAAGAUGAUAAGUCUCCAGUAGCUUCCAAAGAACCAUCACGACCAGAGUCUGUUUCUAGCACUAAAGACGAGAAGAUUGAAGAAACUGUUGAAUCUCGUCGUGAGUCAGUUAUAUCAACAACCGAAAGUAAGAAGGAAGAAACCGUCGAAUCUCGUCGUGAGUCAGUUUUGUCAACUGCCGAAAGUAAAAAAGAUGAUAAGUCGCCAGUGGCUUCCAAGGAGCCAUCACGACCAGAAUCUGUCGUCAGCACUAAGGACGAGAAGAUUGAAGAAACUGUUGAAUCUCGUCGUGAGUCAGUUUUGUCGACUGCAGAAAGCAGGAAAGAUGAUAAGUCGCCAGUGGCUUCCAAGGAGCCAUCACGACCAGAAUCUGUCGUCAGUACUAAAGACGAGAAAAUUGAAGAAACAGUUGAAUCUGGUCUUGAGUCAGUUUUAUCGACUGCAGAAAGCAAGAUAGAUGAUAAGUCAACUGUGGCUUCCAAGGAAACUUCACGACCAGAAUCUGUCGUCAGCACUAAAGACGAUAAGAUUGAAGACACUGUUGAAUCUCGUCGAGAGUCAGUUUUGUCCACUGCAGAAAGCAAGAAAGAUGAUAAGUCACCUGUGACUUCUAAGGAACAUUCAGGACAAGAAUCUGUUGCUAGCUUCAAGGAUGGGAAGAUCGGUGGCACUUGGGAAAUUGGAAGUACUUCAGUUUUGGCUUCAACUGAGGUAAAAGAAGUGAAAGCUGCUAAAGAAGAACAAUCUGUGGAAACCGCUGACGUUCACAUAAUUACGGUGGGAGAAAGGACUUCGGCAGUAUCUAAAUCAGUGGAAAGUGAAAUCAUUACUCAGAAGGAAGAAUUGAAUAAAGCUAGCCUAGCAACCACUGAAUCUAGAUCUGCACAUACGACGUUAGAGGAAAAGAAAGCUGAUUCAUUCACAACUGAAUCUAGAUCCUCAACAACGGAAAUAUCAACUAUUGUUAGUAAGUCAAUAGAUUCAUCCAUUCGUUCACAUCUUUGUGAGGAAUCUCAUAGUGAAUCCAUGAGUAGUGUUAAAGUAGAAGAUGGUUCUCCGAGAGAGUCACUUUCCAGUUUCGUUGGAAGCAAAGAUGAUCCUAAAGUAGGUGAUGGUAAAAAACUCGAAGAAUCCUUGUUAAAGUUUGUGAAAACUGAAGUGCUCACCCAAGCGGAGGAGUCCAUAACACAUUCAGAGGAAUGUUCUUCAGAGUCCAUAAUUAGUGAAAUUCAAACCAGCGAUAUGACAACACAAAAAGUAGAUGCACACACAACGCUCAAAACUGCCACCCAAAGUGAGUCUGUGGCCCUAGACGGUAAAGAAACUCUCAAGGACACCGUGGCUGAGUUCUUAGCUACAGAGAAAAUUGUUGCAGCGAAGGAUAGCUUUGUAAGCGACACAAAAACUACAAAGUCUUCAGGUGAAACUUUAGAAAACACUAUAAAAACAACAACAACACAAUCGACUACAGAAUCUCGUAGAACAUCUGAUUUACUGGCAAGCAUGAAAGACAGUUCACGAAGAGAAUCCGAAUACAGUCAAACAAGCGAAGGACGGCACACACACAGCGACCACGAAGACGAAGAGGAAGAUGAGUGUCUAAUUAGCAUGAAGGAGGGACGUUCUAAAUCUAUAGCUACAAUUAUGAUGACCAGCAUUUAUAAACCCUCCGAGGACGUAGACACUUUUGAAAAGCUAGAAGAAGAGGAAAGUGAAGAGCAUGCUGAAUAUCUUGAAGCAGCGGAAUCGACUGUCACCAAAUCAACAAGUAUCGCGCACAAGGCAAGUGAAAAAGUUAGUGCCGUGAGUUCCGAGGGCAAAUCAAAAAUAUCAACACAAUUGGAAACCAUAAUCUUAACACAACCCCUUGAGAGUGAUCCAAAGACUCCACCCACUGCCCCAGUGAGCCCUGGCAUAAAACAUACCACAACUGGCGCAAGUACUGUAGUAACCACUACAACAACAUUAAGUGAAACUUGCGGAAGCAGUGCAGCUUCAGUGAGUGGACCACUCUCACCAAGAGAUAUUAGCGAUGCGUCCGAAUCGUCGCCAAAACCCACUUCGCCAUUCCCGCGUGUUAGCAAAGAAGAGCUUAAAUCAGCUAGCGCCGCUGUCAGUGAAGCCAUCAGCUCUGGUACUUAUGCGACACAAGAGUACAGCGAGAGCAUGUUGCCAGAUUUACAUGAGCUGCGCGGUAUAGAGAAGACAACUGCACUUAGUGGCAGCACUGAAAAAAUAAUCACAACAACUAUUACAACCGUAACCAAAGUGAUAUCUAGCGAUGGCAAGGAAAUCGUUAUGGAAGAGAAGACAGUUACCACCACAGACACCACCGAGCCAGAUGGUGAGAAGGUGACUGUAACCACCACACGUACUACCAGCGAAAGUGACAAGAGCGAUCACAUAUUGCCUAAGGAGGUGGCGUUGCUGCGCGGCGCCUACCGUUCUUCCACACCCGGCAGCGACGACGAACGUUUGACUGGCGCUUACAUGAGUGAUGAUGAGCUGCCAGCAUCGCCACGCAGCCUUGCGUCAUCACAUGGCGCAAGCUAUGAAUUGCAACGAUCCAGCUCUGGCGUGAGUAAACGCUCCGACUUCGAUGUGGACGACAGCCAAGACGAUAUACCGCCACAAUAUGGCAGCGAAGAACACUCUGCCGCCCGCGCUGUAUCUUCAACCAUCAGCUGCCUACAAAAAAUCGCCGAUCCAAUGAGCACCUCUUUCUAUGGCGCAUUGCCUGACAGUUUCGACACCAAGCCAACAGCACCAAUACCCAUAUGCGGCACCACGACGCAUACCGUAACCACGCGCACAUAUGUUGCCGACUCGCCACCUAGUCAAUCUACGGAGAGCAUCGAAAGCACUAGCCAAACCUCAGCCAGCCGUCAAGUGAUCAGCGGCGGCACACGCGCCAGCGUUGACAGUGGCGAUCACAAAUUCCUCGAAGAAGCCGACAUGGAUUUCGAAAAGGCGCUUGAAGAGCAUGUACAAGUACGUGGCUCCGAUGUUAUGUCUUCAGUCACCGCCAAGUAUUCUUAUUCGCCCUCCAAAGCGGAAGAGGUAGAGCAUAGUGUGGCCAGCGUUGAAAAGCCAAAAUUCCCGUUGGUUGAUGUGCAGAAAACACGCUUCACCGAGACCGGUACCACUGUAUCCAGCAGCAGUAGCACAAUCGAAAGCGCAACUGAAAGCAAAGAUGGCAAGACAACAAUUACUACGACCACAACAACCACUACUAGUGCUGAAGGCGUAGACACAACUGCCAGUGAGACCACAACAACCACCACCACGACGACAUCAAGCGCUACCGGAGCACUGCCUAAAGAUCCUCUAAAGGAAUGGGGUAAACCAUUGGGACUGCCAUCGCCCGCACCACUGCCCAUUGAGGGUGAUGUGCGCACCACACCGAAGAAGGAGCGUCGCUUAGUGGCCACUAAGACACGUCUAAACAACGAAAAGAAUCUACGCAAACGUUCAGAAUCGCCCAAUAAGGCCAAGAAGCCGGCGCCCGUUUAUGUGGAUCUUACCUAUGUACCACACAACGGCAAUUCCUACUACUCACACGUCGAAUUCUUCAAGCGUGUGCGAGCGCGUUACUAUGUCUUUUCCGGCACCGAACCCAGCCGUCAAGUGUACGAUGCGCUGUUGGAGGCAAAGCAAACAUGGGAGGACAAGGACUUGGAGGUCACCAUAAUACCCACAUACGACACGGAUGUGCUAGGCUAUUGGGUUGCUGAAAAUGAGGAGCUUUUGGCCAAAUAUCGUAUCGAUUUAUCGCCUUCAGCAUCGCGUUGCACAAUCAACUUGCAGGAUCACGAGACAUCAUGCGCCGCCUAUCGCUUGGAAUUCUAGGCCACGGGGAUGUUUAUCUCGUUCGCCGAUGCCGAAAAUCUCAUACAACUCUACAACUAAAAGCUUAACUCUACUACUAAAUACUUUAAGUACUAAAACAUAAGAUCAAACUAAAGAAUACAAUUAAAAAUUCAAAGAAAUUAAAAUGGCAAUGAAGCUUUUGACCAAACAUCAAUCGUGAAGCUUUUUAUGAAAACAAGACAAAACUUGCAACAAACGAACAAGUAAAUAAUAGCAACACAUGAAAGAUUUCGUGGCUGGAGCUUGCACGUAAGCGUGUUAAGUGUGCGCACUUAAACAACCGCUGCAAAGUGCGACAGCCAACGAGAGCUUUCACGCUUCAAAAGCCCACAACUCAGCGUCGCAACACAAGCGCAAGUACAAAAGCUUGACAUACCUGUUGAAGAAAACAAAACACAAAUACAUAAUAAAAAACUGAAAAUCUGUAACUGAAAAAACGGAAUGAGUGAAAGCUUGACAGAGCUUUGCGCUUAUAUAAGAACGCAGCUUUGUAGCAGCUUUUGCGCAAUUUUGGUGAAACGAGAGUUAUUAGCAUAGCAGACAUGAGCAUAAUUAUGGCGGAGUUCUUGGUGUACUACACGAGAUUUUGCAAUUGGAAAAAAUUGAGUGUAGCGCCAUUUUGUUUAUUGAUGCCGCUCAUUUUUAUGCGAAGUCGCAAAAGGCAAUACAGCGGAAAAGCGGCACUUGUAAUAUUAAACAGUGCAAAAGAAUUGUAAUUCAAGCAAAAAGGUAAUUACAGUAAUUAAAUACAUAUUUGUUGAAGAUAUUUAAU